AUGGGCUCCAGUGGCUCCAAACCAAAGGCAAAAGCUCCACCGACACUUCCUCCACCUCCACCUCCGCCGCAGUACACUUUCUGCAUGCCCAUGCCGUGUUUGAUGUUCAUACCUAUUUAUGCACAAGCACAGCCAGUAGCUCCUACUGCUCCUCUAGGACCACCAUUGAAUCCACCCAAGAUCGCACCUCCAGAUCGACGAACGUUCUGGAAUCCACGCAACUAG